CAAGCUACUGAAUAUUUCAGUUGAUUUGAAAUUUUUAUAGACGAUUUAUAAAAAAAUUACACAGCGAGAUUUUCAUUGUGUUUGGCAAAUGUUUGGUGAAAGCAGUACAUAGUAUAUUGCUUUGAAAUACCAGGAAGGCUAAACAUUGACUUUUCGCCAGUCCUAUUUACACAGAUAUUCAACCAACGACAAACGGAAUCAGUAUUCGACAUCCAAGCCGAAUACAGUAUUCUGUCGUCGGCGACUGCAAUAACUAUAUAGUGAGUGUACUAGUGCAGAGCCAGUGAAAGCUUUUGGACGCUGCAGGUGCGAGUUGUGGAUAUCAAGUUUUGUUUUACCAUGAUUACAAAUGCGGAUCAAGAUACUUUGGCUAAUUUUCUCAGCUCUGUGCAGUCGUAUAAUAUGGACGAGCUAAAAUCCCUUGGACUUAACUUUGAUCAAGGUCUCACUGCCACCGCGGAUCCAAACAUGCUUCUAAUGAAACGGGCUUCACUUCCGUUGUCGGAUGAACCUGAGCUGACCCCAAUGCAGCCAUCCACCCCGCAGGAUCAGCGAGUUCCAUCAAAUCCUCCAGGGUCAGCCAUUGCAACCGAUAGCCAACUUCCCACAACAUCAUCAGUGGUAGUAACGAAACGGACAUGCGCACCUACUCAUAGCCUAAACUCCCCUUCAUCAACGCCUUCAGCACCUCCUAACGUGAAGAAAACUAAAGGACGCGUUAAAAUAAAAAUGGAAUUUAUUAACAAUAAACUUCGGCGAUACACCACUUUCUCAAAGAGGAAGACUGGGAUCAUGAAAAAGGCAUAUGAGCUCUCCACUUUAACUGGUACUCAAGUAAUGCUUCUGGUUGCCUCCGAAACGGGCCACGUUUACACGUUUGCAACUCGUAAAUUGCAACCCAUGAUAACAUCGGAGUCGGGGAAACAGCUUAUCCAAACUUGUUUAAACUCACCAGAUGAAAGCGUCACUCAUCCAGGUGACCAACGAAUGACGGCUACUGGAUACGAAGAAACUGAUCUUUCCUACAACAUUCUCGGACCAGAUGCGACAACAACGGCCUCAAGUCCAGAGGACAUUAAGCCCUCACCGUCAUGUUCGCCAUCGUCAUUAGAUGGUACCACUAGCGACCCACUUAUGGACUUCGACACUGACCUAAAGCUACCACCUUUCUUCAUGAUUUAGACUUAUGGAAUUGACUGACAAAUGUUAUGCUUCCUUAGAAAAUGAAUCUUCGAGUGCGUCUGUUUGUAAGCAACUGAAUGUUUAAAUUAUGAUCGAGGGCUACCCAAAAUGCAGCAAUGAUUUUCGGUGAAUUUCAACGAGUGUGUAACAGUUGGUGUUAUAUCUUGAGCGUCAAAUCGUACUUGUACUCAACCUAUCUCUAUAACACGGACCCAAGCGCCUUAUAGAAGAAAAGCAAACUUUCUGAUCGGUAAAAUGAAUUGUUCUGUCUGUAUAAAUUGCCUAUGUGAAUGGCUGUGUCUCGUUCCACGGAAAUGAGACCCAAGUAAUAGUUUUUGUCAUGCACAAUCCUUUUGUACUAUUUUGAAAUCUGUGUCCUUGUAGGCAAACUUCAACGGCGUUGAGGCAACAUGAGCGUUUUUAUAAAUGCGAAUCAUUUACGGUCAUCAAUUUGUUACUAGAAUUAUAAUGAUGACUGUGGGGACUAUGGUAACGAUUAUUAUUAUUGUCGUUAUUAGAAGAGUGUAUGCAUUAGAAAAAGUUAAUGACAGGAUUAUAUGUGUGCCAACGACGUUACAGCUCGUGUAGUACAACAACGUCAAUUAAAUGUCUGUAAAUGUAGUUUUCAAGUGUGAACUGUCGAAGAAGUAUGUGAGUUCAAAGAGCUUCUUUGAAGUUCCUUUAAUUUCGCUAGAUAUGGCACUGGGUGUGCUCGUGCUUUGCAGGCUUAGUUGACAAACAUUUGUAGAAGAACAAACGUAUCUUUAAAUAGAGGAACGUAUGUGGCGGAAGAUAAAAACCAAGAACUUACACAAAUGAAGACUAAUUCAUUAUUAACCAUUUUAUACAAUGGUUUUCAGUUCUGUAUUAUCAGACAAUGUAAUCAUUAGCUUAUAUUUUUAAUUGUAUCCUUUACCGUCAUUUUAUAGCAGUAUAAAGUCAGCACUACCAAUACGGGCUGUAAUCAUGCAUUAGCAGGAUAAACGAAUGUCGAGAAUAAGGAGGGUGUCGAAAAGAGGUGAUCUAUAUUUGUAGUUAUAAUUUAAAUUAGUCUAAUUCCUCAUGAAACUGAGCGGACUGCAAGCUGAGUGCGGAAACGGAACGUACAUCACGAAUGCUUUUCGUAGCACCGUUACAGUACGCGCAUCGUGUCAUCAUAGCAUUUCAACAACCGUACAGAGCGUAGUCAACAUCCUGAUUAUCACUGUGGUGAUACUUCUGAUAAUAGUAAUUAUGAUUAUUAAGCCUUACUCAAGUGCCAAGAUGCAAUGUUAGCAAAAUUCAGUUUUGUUUAACAUACAUUUGUUAUAAUUAUUCUUUUAUAGCUUAAGUCAUCAUGCUAAAGAUAAUCAUGAUUUUUAGAAAUGGUAGAAAAAGAAGACUGAAAAUGAAAAUGUUAACUAAGUAUUAAUAAUAGUAAUAAUAAUAAAAUUCUAUUGUGACGAUAAUGCCUUUCAAUCUCGGGAAUAUUGUGAAAUAGGCUGUACUUCAGUUUUUGCUGUUUGUCUGUUUGGAUGAUCUUUAUUUAACCGAAAAGUAGGUAUUUAUAUUUAAUUAAGCGUACGAUUGCAAAAUGUGAGUGUAAGCCGGUGAUUAUUGAAUGAAUGGUGUAAUUGUAUUACGAUAAUAUUGUACUGAAAUAACGGUAAUAGUAAGGUGAAUGAAUCUCAAGCCGCCGCGUGCUGGACACAAGCAAAAAUUCCUCGCGGUCUUACCGAUUUUGAAGUUUCAGAGAAGAAGUCGAAGGUAACAAAUCGCUUUCAGAUUUCUGGUAAGACGAAGCACGUCAUUGUUUGAAUAACAGCAACAACGAUUGUCAAGCACAACGUACACGACGAAAGAAGUUAAUAUUCGUAGUAAUAGCAGAGUUCCGAUCGCAGAGCUUUACUGCAAUAUGGUAUUAUGAUGAUAAAAAUGAAUAUUAUUGAAGACAAAAAUAGCAGCAAAUUUUCGACCAAACAAGUAUAAGUCGCAUCACGUAUGUGUACAACAUAGGUAUAUAUUUGUUUAACUAAUGAAAACCAUUGUAUAUGAGACUUGAGUUUCUAAAUUUCCUUCUAUUUAAUCCAAGCGAUUUUAUCAUUUAAUAUAAUAGCUAGUAGUAAUACAUUUUUGUUGUCUAAAAUGUGUAGGAAAUAUGCAUAUACACAUAUACGAAUAAACAAACAUCUGAGUGCGCCGAGGAAUUUAUAACAAUUAUAGGCCCUGGAGGCCUCAGAAUAACUGUACAUAGAUAAAUAUGCAAGCGAUACAGCCAUAAUAUAGCCAGAAGUACGAUUACGGUAGGCGGCAUCACGUCAGACAUGAUGACGAAGAACGGAAUUGUGUGUCAAGGGGUACAGAGCUUUUUAUACAGUACAGCGAUUUAAUUAAAGAAGCUUAUGACAAAGGCCUUUAUACAGUGAUAACGUCAUUUCUAUACUUGUCUACUCUAUAGACUAUAUCCGCGACAGCACCGUAGGGGAAUUGUAAUUAUUGAAUCUUAUUCGUCUGUAAAUUUGCCUAGUUGUUGUGGAUACCUAAUCUUGUCUUGUUUAUCAAAAAACUGAAUAAAUUUUAAUCAAUAGGACGGCCUAAAUUCCACCGUUUCUAGAAUCAUCUAUUAAUUAUCAGUAUGAUUGUUACAUGGUGAAUUGCGGGCUAUCCGCAGGUUGUGGAACGACUCUUUGACCCUGUUCAGUUACUCUAGGAUCCGUCAAGUGACAGUACAAAUUGUAAUUAAAAAGCCGGGGUUCUAGAUAAUGAACGAGCUGAAUGUGCUAAAUAAAUGUUUUUAAACAUUUU